AUGACUUUGUAACCUUGACGCUUCUCGCCCACCAUGGCCCCCAUGCUUUCACUCUCUGCAGAUUCGACUGGCCAAUAAGGUCACCCAACAGACUGUUUGAGGACGAGCAAGGCUCUCCUCCGGGUGCUCUGCUCAGCUGUACCUGGUUUGCGGUGCCGUGCCGUGCUGUGAACAACUCCCCGCCUUACCUUGGGGUACUUAACCUCUCUUCUUCGACGGCUCAGCAGUCAAUAUCGCACCAUACAGGGGGCUACCUACCUACCUACUUCGGGCUCUCGAAACUAUUUUGCCAUUUCAGAAAGAAAAAAGAACCCUCUCCUAGAGAGAACUGGCUUCCGGCUCCUCCCCGAAGCAACCACCGUCAAUCGCGAGUGAGGUCUAUACCUAGGAUUUUGAGGAUGAAUUCCUCCUCCCCUCAGUCCAGGGCCAAUGCCUUCCCUUUCACUCUAGCUGCCAACAAUCGCGAACUGAACCGAACUACAUCAAAUGCCAUCGACGCGCACUUGAUGGAGAUCGCUUUGACCCGGCGCCCGACCACGACUGGCAACCAAGACACAGUACUCGCCAUCGUGACGUUCCCCAAGGAUGACAGGUCAAGCAUCGCCUGCGACGGCGUGCGUUGGGGCCAGGACAUCAAGCUCCGCAUGAGCUACGACAAGCUCACUAGUCUAGGCUCCAAGAAGAUCCAGGAUAUGUUCGCUCCCAGGGCCCAGGCCCGCUUCCGCCGACGGUUUGGUUUCGAGCGUGACGUCCAGUUGCCCCCCGGCAUCAAGUACGUCCUCGAUUUCACUCCCCCCGCGGAGGGGGCCGAACUGGCCGAUCUCACUGCCGCGCUGUGGCUGCCCCGGAUGGUCAAGCUCUGGUUCCUAGCCGGCCAGUAUUACCCCGACAGCAUUCUUGAGGAGGGCAUCGGCCAUCCUACCCGCCCGCUGGCCAACAAGGCUGUCGGCGCCAUCCUUACCCUCGGACACGACGAUGUCUGCAAGAACCUUGCAUGCCUGACAGACUAUGCUGAGUGGCAAUGUAAGGACCAACUCCCCGGCAUCGUCGACGAUCCUGCCGAUGGCCCAAGCCACAUACCCUCGUGGCGCAAGGUAGAGGACUACUGUCCCAUUCGGCACCGCGUCGCUAUCGUCCGCGUGCUCAAGGCCAUCAACGGCGAUGGCCUUCUCCUAAACUCGGCUGUGCGCCUGUGGACCGUUGCCCAGGUGGCCAUCUCUCUCGAGGUGCCGCAGGUUGUGGUCGAUCCCGUCACCCAAUGGCUCGUGGCACCGCCAAACACCAAGUUCAUCGAGAUCUGCCCGGAGAUAGCCUUCCGGCUGGCCUACUCACUCAAGAUCCCGAGCGUCUUGACCGCCGCCUUCAAGAUCCUCGUCAAUGAACUUGCUGUCGACUACGCCUCGUCGGAUCCGGGAACUCGUCGGGCCCCAAUGACAUGGGCCCAACGCCAGCGAGACGACUGGGGCGACUACCCUUCCGAUCCGGUUGAGUACGCCAGCCACGCAUUUGCCGACCGCAUGGGUGAGACGCUCAAGAUGCUCCGGUCCGACCAUGUCUUGAGCAACCUCUCAGGCCCCAUCCAAGAGUGGGACAAGCUCCAGGCCUACGGCGCCGCCAUCACCGCUAGCUUUGCGCCCGACCAUGUCCUCUCCAUCACCUACAAAACCCUGACCGCCGCCCUCCUCGCUGCCUUCCACGGAUGGGUCGACAACGCCCUCGACCUCGACUCGUUCAAUACGCUCAACAGCCGCCGCGACGAACUCCUCGAGGCCCAACGCAAACACUACAUCCCCAGUGUCAGCCGCAAACCCCUCAUCAGCCUCUACUGGACCCUCAAACCCGCCCAGAAGCUCCUCACCCCCUUCUUCUGGGACCAUCUGAUCUGCAUCCAGCCCCGCAGCGAGUUCAAUGCGAACAACUACGGCGGCACGCCCCUCUGGAUGCACGCCGACAGCUUCAACCUCGAGCUGCAGCGCGCCCUCGCCGAAGCCGUCGCGCCCCCCUACGACCCCGCCCCCGGCCCCAUCAUCAACGCCGCGGCGGACUCCCCCAACCCGGCGGCCACCAACCCCCUCGUAGCCGCAGUCCUCGCCCACAUGGGGGCAGGCCAACUAAUCCCAGAGCUCGCCGCCGUCAACCUAGACAACUUCUACCACCAGCUCAGCCGCGAGGUGCGGCUGCUAGGCGGGCAGCACCUACCCAGCCACGCGCAGCGCGAGGACGAGUCCGCCAACGGCAUCCCCCUCUUCCUCUCCGACCACCUGCUCCUCUCCCUCGACGAGCGCGAGCUAGCCUACCUCCCCAUCUGGGCCGACGGCCUCGACGACGGUUCCGGCGGCGUCUUCCAGGCCGCCAUCCCCCCGGCCGACAUGGGCCCCUCCGAGCCCGGCCCGGCCUACCACACGGGCUACACCAUCCCCUCGGGCACCCUCACCACGGGUACUGCCACCGCCUCCACGGUCGCCCCGCCCUCCAGCAUCGCCCCCUCCGACCUCGACCUCGCCGACCUCACCCUCGGCAAGACCACCGGCACCGGCACCGGCACCAGCACCAGCACCAGCACCAGCAGCCGCACCGACGACUGGGUCAUGGCCACCCCCACCCCGACCGGCACCAGCAGCACCGCCGCCGACCACCGCAGCCUCGCCGCCCAGCGCAGCGGCACCGCCAGCACCACCGCCCCGGCUAGCAUGACGGAGGGGCGCAGCGGGGGCAUCGCAGGGACCCCCUCGGAAGCCUUCACAUCCGGUGACGACGAAGACGGCCUGUACACCGCGGCGCGGUAUGCGCAGCCGGCGGGGCACCAGGCGCAGGGGGUGGCGAUUGAGCGGUAUGUGGACGAGUUGGAGGGGGAAGAGAAAAGGGCGGAGGGGGAGGUGGAGGUGGGGUGGGAUUCGGAUGAGAUGGAGCUGGAUUUGGAUUCGGAUUCGGAUGAUGGGAGUUCGACGGUGGAUGGGUUUGAGGAUGUUGGGGGGGAUGUGGUGCGUUGAGAUACCUAGGUAUGGAGGGGUGGGUAGAAGAGCGUGGGCUGGCGUUUGGGUGCAUCUUUGUGAUGGCGGGUUUUGGAUUCGGCUUAUUUCUUUUCCCGUUUGCUUUCUUGCAUUCUUUUUCCCCAUAUGUUGUUCUUGUAUCUUAUUUUCUAAUUCUUAUCUUUCUCUUCUCAUCGAUUUGGGCAGUCAUGAAAAGUAAAUAAAAGGAACACAGCACAUGGUCAUGAAGCGUAAAUAUCACCAUCUCGGGUCCAUAUCACCAUCUCGGGUCCAUAUCAC